AUGCCACUAAAAUUAACAAAUUCUGCAAUAUUUUUAGCAAAAUACCAGUAUAUUUUUGUAGAAGUGCAAUAUCAGAAAGAACAACUAGUGGGAUCGCAAAAGAAAGUACCAGUAACUACUGUACAAUUGGUGCAGGUAAAAUUACAUGAACUACCACAAUUAGCAGAACAUGAGAAAGUAGGAGUUCCACAAGAACUAGAAGAUAAAAUUCCAUUACAAGUACCAUUUGCAAUACCCGAUGGAAAACUACAAGAUGUAGUAUUUGUACUACAAGUCCCACAUGUCACGGAGCAAGGGAGAGUACCACUACAACCAGAAGUGAUACGGCGA